CCCUUCUUUCUGCCUUGGCGACAAUUCCUUGUGAGCACAUCCUCCACGCUCUGUCGAAACUCCAACAUGGCAGCUUCUGGGGGGACUGGCUGGGCUAGGUUGUCGGCGGACAACCUCCGGGAAACAUUCUGAUCAAAAUGAGAUAGGUGUCAUGGAUCCAAUCGAAUGUUUCGUUCCCUCGUGCGUCGAAACCCGCAUCUUUCAGCAUUUCAACAAUGCGUGCGCCGGUCUUGAGGUCUGGAACGAGUUUGUAGUCUACGUAUUUCGAUGGAUGAACGUAGGCAACGGGGCUUUUGGAGGGAUGAGGAUGCAUGGAAACAUCGAUGCGAUUAGUGCCUCGGGCAUCCCAAUGCGCACCCAUCAUAACCACGCCUUUGAUGUUCCUAGCAAGGGCAGCGUCGCCACAUUGCUUCCAGUAUGUUGCAGAGCGAGUCUCCUCGCCCAGCAUCAUAGUCGAGCCAUGAGAAAAGAAGUGAACUGGCGCAAGAGGCAUUUUAAAAGGCGAAAUCGAUAUGAUCAAUUGAUGAAUGAAGUGAGUGAGUGAA